CGGGCCUCUCCCCGCGCCAGGCUCGGCGGGGCCUGUCAACAUGGGCCUCUUGCGGAAGGACGCCCCCGAUUGGCUCCGAGGCCUCCGCGGAACGACGCUGACUGGCCCCGCCGGCUGCCCGUCCGGAGAGUAACGUGCCAAGUGCGGGGCUGGCAGGCAGGCAGGCGACGGGGCUGCUGAGGACGACAUGGAGUGGAAUUCCCUGCUGAUGCUCCUGGAGGCCGCCGAGUACCUCGAGAGGCGGGAGCGAGAAGCCGAGCACGGCUACGCCUCGGUGCUGCCCUUCGAGAGCGACUGCGGCAGGAGGAGGAGGCCCGCCCGGAAGCCCCAGAGCAGCCGGUCUUCGCAUAAUGAACUAGAGAAGCAUAGGCGGGCUAAGCUUCGGCUGUAUUUGGAAGAACUAAAGCAACUCGUCCCCCUUGGGCCAGAGAGCACCAGACAUACAACACUCAGCCUCCUGAAAAGGGCCAAGACGCACAUUAAGAAAUUGGAAGAACAGGACCGGAAAGCUCUAAAUAUUAAGGAACAGCUACAGCGAGAACAUCGAUACCUCAAGCGUAGAUUGGAACAACUCUCCAUGCAGGGUCUGGAACGAAUCCGCACGGAUAGUCUGGGAUCAACGAUAUCUACCGAUUCUGAACAAGAGGUAGACAUUGAAGGAAUUGAAUUCACACCAGCAGAGAUGGACAGCAGCGGAAGCUCCAGCGAUGCAGAAGACCAGUACAGUUUACAAGGCAGUUCCAGCGACACAGGCUAUGUACAUUCCCACAGACUGAGCGCCAGGCUGGUGUAGCGCUUGGAUAAACCACUCAACUCAGGGCCAUUGGAUUGAAGCACUUAGACAAAAAGGAAAACAAAAAAAACCCCCAGUUGCUGACUGCCACUGCCGAGACACUCCAAAAGGAGGUUGCUUUUCCGGGGUUCCCCAAACGAUGAAGAGAUGAUUAAAUAAAUUGUGAAUCAUGGGUUUUUUUUCCUCCCCUGUAGUGUGAGAUUAGACACAGUUGUGGCUUAAAGUUGUUUCACGUCGGCGUUGUAUAAGUUGUUGAUGGUGAGGGAGGGAACCUGUCAGAACAUUGAGCUAAAAACAGCAUAAUUAAUUUGAUUUUUUCCCCUCAGCUGGUUUUUAGAUGUCAGAACUUAAGAGCAGAAAGAGGUGAGUUGUGGGCCUCGUCUUCUGCUGUGUCUCUGAGCAGCAAGGGAGGGAAGCGGCAGCAGGCAGUCCCCUCCUCCCCUCUCCGGCUGCAGCCGGCUCCUCUUCUUGGGAUUGGGGCCCCCAGCAGAUUAAGGAGUGCAAGCUGCAGGAAGUGACAGGCCUUUUAGAGUAUUUAAUCGUUGUUGUUUUUUUAAAUCUUUGCUAGCCAAAGGUUGUUAGAAAGAAAUCCUUUCAACAUUUGAGAGACUAAAUUUUGUUGGGUUUUUUUUUUUUUUUUAAUUUGAUAGAAGGGUGAAAAAGCCGGUUCUGAUCAUGGCUUAAUCAACGUGCAAUUAUCCCAGCUUUCUUUGUUUUCCAGCACUAAUUCUAGAAAGCUAGUCAUUUUAAGAUUGGGGAGGGGUGGGGGGGGGCGGGAUUUGCCACCUCCAAGUGUGAAUUUAUUGUGGUAUGCGCUUUUUAAGGCACACAAAAAAACUGCCUCCCAUUUGCCAUCUGCAGCCAUUUUAUUACGCAUAUUUUUCUCCUUCCUUUAAAUGCUUAAAGGACGUAUUUAUAGUAAGCAUUCAGCUCUCAGGAAUUUUAAUUUGCUUGUAUACCUACUGCCUUUUCAGACUGUGCCACGCAUCUGCUUAAAAGGCUUCCUCAUAGCGUAAGAAAUCAGAGAGCCGUUUAGGCAGCUGAUCCAUGCACAUGCGGGAUGUGUGGCGGUCCUUAUUAAAUGCUGGAUGCCUCUGAUAGACAGUAGAUAUCUCUGUCUGGAUCCAUGAUUCGUCUGCACAGAAUCAUCUGAGCUAGACCAGGGCCUGUUGUGUUUCAUGUUCCUUAUCCAAAUAGUAACCUUCCCGGUUCUUUACGGUGAAACUGCCAGUUGACGCAGCGGUUACCAUACAGUGAACAAUACACGGCAAGUGUUUUGUCAGUGCGUUCAGAGUUCCUAGGAUCCCAGAGGUAGACGUUCCUGAGUGUUGUGUUUUCCCUGUAUAUAGUUGCCAGCACGCUGAACGGAAGGCAUGGGUUUAAAUAACUAUUAUUUCUUGUAGAACAAUCGUCAAGCCAAGUGGCACCUUAAAUUGUGUCGGUCUUUGAGACGCUACUGGGCUGAAGUUUUAAUCCGCUACUACAUACUAACACGGCUACCUUCCUGGAACAAUAUUCCUUUCAAGCAUUAUCGUUCCAUAGCGGCAAUUUCAGUUCCUUACCAAACGCUGUAGAACUGCUGACCUGUUUAGGAAUUCGUCAGGAUGCUUAAGACGUAUUUACCCCAAAUGUAGCAAUACCGCAGAAGUGUAUUUUAAUACAGUUUAAGCUUAGUGAAAGCCGUUAGACCUUUGCUUGCUGGGGUUUUUUGUUUUUUUGGUUUUUUUAAAAAAUGGACCAAUCUUUGCAUUACUACUUUAAAUAAAGGUCUUUUUUUUAAACGGAAAAAAAGAUUUAAAAAGCUUUAUACAUGCUUCAGACAAGUAGUGUGUUUCCUGUAAAUAUAUCCUGUAAAAGAUUUUGUAUUAUAUUUUUCUUAACUCUUCUUACUUGUAUAGUGAAAGGGAAUGAUAUAAACCCAGACCAGAGUCUCAGGGAGGGACUCUUGACUGGCGUCCUGCUGUGCCUUGGUCACCAUUUGAUGUGUCUGCCUCUUGACGUGUUGCAAACAAGCAAACAAGCAAAGAGCCUGGGCUGGCUGUAGUCCUUCGCCUCCGGUGAAGCAGCGAGAGAGGUGUGCUCUGUCAUUCCCAUACCUAACGGACGAUGGCGUCUGCUGAUGAGAAUGCUUUCUGUAGCCCUUUUAAGUAUACGUAUUUUCCCCUUGGUGCUGACUGUACAGAAAAUAAACACCGACUGUACUUCUGGCAGCUGCUGCUUUACGCUGUUUGCUUCCCCUGACAGCCUGGAACUUGCCGACAAGGAAAAGUAUCGUUCUAAAAUCAAUUUACUUUGUAGCCACUCCUGCUUCAGUCCUCGGAGGGGGCCUAAGGUUAUGGAUCCUGGCAGCUGAAUUUGAACGCCGUACACCUUUUUGUGGGAUGCCAUUGGGUGUGUGCUGUGCACAUUGCGUAUUACCGAAAGCCUCAGUGGAGAAAGAGACAUAGCAAUAUUUAGCAUGUGUAGCUGGCAAGCCGCAUGAAUUACUAUCUCGUUUGGUGCAUAAAUAAAUUUCCAAAUCAUGAAAUUGUGAAACAUUUACGUUAAUGGGAAGAAACACUGGGUCAUGUCGUUGCUUGCGUUCAACUAUUAUUCAUGGCUUGUAAAACAUUUCCUUUGUGAAGAACAGCUCUUGAGCAGAGCCCCUCAUCAUGGAGGGGGGGGGGAAAUCUCAGAAUGACUUCUUUGUAUUUUAUGCCACUCUGACGUUCUGUCUUAGUAAUGAAUGUGCACAAUUUAAUGAACUCUUCCAGACUGGGUGUCAGUGGCUUUGUAGAUCUUAUAUUUUCAAUAAAGAUUACUCCAAUAUUCUGACAGCAA